AUGUCCGCCGCGGACCUCGUGGCCUGGAAGAGUGCUGGACAUGAUUUCCCCUGUGCAUUCCUCGCGUCCAGCAGUGACGGCGCCGAUGGGUGCCGCCUGGCGGUCUCCCCGGGAACUACUCCCGGCCACGCUCCCCACGCGCUGUCUGCUGGCGGCUCUGGGCCACUCCCGCACACCUGCUACAACCUGCUCUUCGCCGCCGCGGUCGUGCUCAGCUGCGGCAAGGCCACCGCGGACGGGAUCAGCACGCAGAGCAGCGACCCUCUGGUGGAGCACUGCUUCGUCGCGUGCACCUGGUGCUUCUACUCCACGGCGGUCGCCUACCUGCUGGUGCCCCUGCUCAGAGGUCGCCAGGUCACCGGGCGCGUCUUCGCGAGGCUGGCCGAGGUGGACCGGCUCCUGGUGAAGCAACCCGUCACGCUCUACCGGAGAAUGAUAAUCGUGCAAGCACUAGUCAUUACAGUAACUUUCGCAACAUGUGAGCCUAACAAGUGUUGGGCAGCAUUGAGUCAACGUGAAUCAAGAUCCUUACUGUUUUAUUCAUGCUUGUUAUUGAGAGUUUAAUGCUGCUUACUUUAUAGAAUAAAAUUGUGUUUGUGGCUC